CUCCCUCCUCCUCCUCCUCCUCCGUCUCUCUCUAUCAGCUUCGAGACAAAAUUCCUUAAACCGAAAUGCCACAAAGUACCACUCCUCGAUCCGAUCCUAUCCUGUCACAAACGAAAACGAAGACGAAGACGAAGGAGGAGGAGGAGGAGGAGGAAAAGAAGCGGCUGCGUCCUCCUCUGAUCGGUAACAUCUGAAUCGAGCUCAAAUGCCGGGGCGCAUCCAUGUCGCAGUUCUCGAGUGCAGCGAUCUCCCUCCGCCCACUUCGAGUGCGGCUUCUCUCUAUUUGAAGGUUGCUAUGGGGAGGAAAGAGUAUGGAAGCGCAGGAAUGGCGGAUUUCUCAUUCCCAGUUUCGUCGCUCAGAGAGAAGCUGGUAGUGAUGCUAUGCAACGGAGAGGCGAAUAUAAUAUCCGAGAAAGAACUGAACACGAUGCUGGUUGUUGAAAAAGGAAACUGGGAUGUUACGCUUCCUCUCGAAGGUGGAGGGAAUGUCCUCUUGAGGCUGCAGUUCUUACUUAGCGAAGAAGAACGCAAGAGGAUACAGGACAUGAGAAACUCCAUAAAAAGGAAAUGGGAGGAGACGCUCAAGGGUGGCAAUAACACCGCUUCAGGUACAGGAGCGGCGAUUCUGUAUUCUCAGUUAGGUGAAUAUGGAAAUUCAUCAAAUGCUUUAUCAUCCCAAGAAGUCCAAGAGUGUUCUGAAGUCCUGGUCCCAAAGGCCAAUGAAACCUCGACUGCCACAACUGCAGCUACAGUUGAGAAAUUCUUGCCAUUAGAUGGUGUUCAAGAGAGGAAUGAUUCUGCUAAAAGAUGUCCAGAUCCUCUAAUAGAGAAUUCGGAAAUCUUAAUGACAAGGAGUGCUACUGAAAGCUCUUCUGGGUUGAAAGAUCUCUCUUGCAAAACAACGAGAGAAAGUUCUCCAGACAGAAGUUCAAAUAGCACUGUGAGGAAAAUGAUAAGUGCCUUUGAAAGCGGUCUCCCGCAGGAAACCAGGCCUCAAUUUACCAAGAUAAAGUCUGAAGGUUCCUUAAAAAGGAUGGCCUUUGCUAUUGGCAAUACCGAAGAAAAGGAGCCUCAACAGACAAUGUCAAAGUCAUUUUCUUCGGGUAUGCUGUCAGAGAUCAAUGUGCAACAAAAUCCCACAUUUUCAGAAUCACUUUCUUUGGAAAUGCAAGACAAUUUCACCGAGUCUGUGUACAAGGAUUUUCAUGCACAUGAGGAGAAAACCAAAUUAGGUGUAUUGCUGUCUUCUGAAUCUAAAGAUAUUGAGACCAGAUCAAAAGUAAUCGAGCCUGAAGAAGUACUUAGUCUAGGUGGAGAUGCUAAAGAUUUUGAAACCAGGUCAAAAGUAAUCGAGCCUGAGGAAGUGCUUAGUCUAGGUGGAGAUGCUAGAGAUUUUGAAACCAGGUCAAAAGUAAUAGAGCCUGAAGAAGUGCCUAGUCUAGGUGCACCUGCUAGAAGUGUUGGUAGGGGAAACUUAGUCAGCAUUGCAGGUAGUGAAGGUCCAGUGAAAUUCUCCAUUCAAAAAGCAUUAGGGAAGGAAAAUUCCUUAAUUUCCCUCCCAAAGGGAUAUGAUGGUCACGAUGCAAAUACUGGCUCUCAGUCUUCAGGUGAGGUGGCUGCUUCUUCUGAAGGUAGCACAGAACUGGAGAAUUUAGGUUUGGGUUCCAGAAACUUGGAUGGGAAUGGCAAUCUAAAUAUCGACAGUAAACACUUUCAUCAUUCUAAGGAGGCAAAUCUUGAGAUUGUGAAUAAAAAUGAGGAUACAAUCGAAAAGUAUCGCUCUCAAGAGGAAGCACAACCGUCAAGGGAAGUGAUUGAUGAGUUUUUCUUUGGUGAUGUGCAAGGAUUUAACUCUACAUGCUCUGGAAGUCACUACAUCAAGCCAAUGAAUUUUGGAGUUUCACAUGAUAUUGCGAAACUAAUCCAGUUGAACAAUACAAGUUGUUGUUUUGAAAUGCUUGGUCUCUGGAUACCUCGCCAUGUAUGCAUUACUACCAGGCAUGGGCAAUUAAGAGAUCUUCUUCUUCGGAACUGUAGUUUAUGCACAUAUACACCUCGAAUGGACCAGAGCAAAUUUAUAGCAGAAGCUAACAACAAGCAAAAGAUGCCAGCUGAUGCAUUUGAUGAUGUUAAAAGAGGUGAGAAUAUUUCGAGCAGUGGUGAAGACAUGGAUGAUGAUGCAGGAUUUUCAAUGUUCCAUGGAUGGUUAAUUGGACAGGGAAUGCAACUUGUCCUCAUGGUGGUGGCCUGUGGGACAAUAUUAAUGAGUGCCAGAUGAAAAUCAUCAUGUUCAUUACAGUAUGAGCUAAAAGCUUGCUGAACUUUGUUAAAGUUUUGCUGCUAGAAGGGUCUGCUCAAUAAUAAUCUAUUACAAGUCGCAUAAAGAGGUAUGUAACAGUCAUAGCUCUAGUCUAUCCUUUUCUGUGAUCUCUCUACAAUCAGAUAAUAGCAUCAUAGUCGAAGACCUUGCGAUUAAUGUACUUGGCUCUGUUUUGAUGCUGUUGUGAUAAUUAUUGCGUUGGUGUGUACGGCAUUGUUGCUGCAAUACGACAGCUGAACCCAACAGGCUAGUGAAGAUUUUACACUUCUAUUAACUUGUUUCUGAUCUAUUACAGAUAUACUCAAGUUGUUAGUAAGUUUCUCCACCCAAGUUGUUCUCCUCAAGAUAUGUGAUAUAGCCAAAGUCCUCAAAGUUAGUAUUCUUGUGCUAAGGAUAUUAAAAUCAGUUCUGAGAGAGCAAUUAGAGUUGCUAUUUGGUUGGAAUUUCUUUUCUACAUCUUGUGGGAUGUUAGCAACUGUUUAAAAAUCCUUGUACAAAUUAACGAUUUGCUAUAUUAUUGUCAUUAGAACUUCUGCAUUGGGUGGAGCUUUUGCUUGACUCUCAAGUCCGAUUGGGAGCGAAAUUUGUUA